AUGAAUUAUGAUUGUUUCUGUGCCGUUUGCGGUAUUGGAUUUUGCGGAAUGCAUUUUGGACACCCUGUGGGUAGUGCAUCAGCAUAUCGUUACCGAUCAGAAGAGAAUUCGUGUCGGAUAUUGUACGCCAAUAAGAACCUUUCUCAGCUUCGUGAUGGAAACAUAUAUGGAGGCCAUGGCAACAACUACAGUCCCCGGAUUGUGCGCCGGGAAAACAUUUCCUGGAUCCAAAAGGUACAUUGUCUUGGUUUAAAGAAUCAAGAUACUUCAGGCUCAGGAGAGGCCUUUCUCUCCGAACAAGGAUACUACGCAGAUUCAGGAGAGAUAGAAGCUCCAGGCCCUGCUUUUCCUAUACACAAGUGUUGUUUCGAAAUUCUUACUCGAACACUGACAGGAUCUACAAACAUGAAGGGUGUAAGGUUGGAUCUACUCUACAGAGUAAUGAGCAGUCAGUGCAAUGCUGAAGCCUCAGCUUUGCGUUUGAAGUAUGGCGAAGAUGUCCUACACGCACAAGAACGCUAUUGGCAAUGUAUUCCAGGAGCAGAGUACUGUAUAAUUCGCCCGACCAACACCAUCAAGUUGAAUUAUCUUGCUGAGAUCCAAGCGGGAAAAGAUAGAAAGUAUCCGCCUAUCCCUACGGAUGUUUGCCCUCCUGAAAACCCAUUCAGCAAGCUCCCACUUGAGAUUAUAUACAUGAUCUGUGCGUUGGUCCCGUUUGAUAGCCUUAAAUGCCUAAUGCGGGUUUCAAAAAAAGUCUACCUCGCCACGCAAAAUAAUUACUUCUGGAAGAAGUUCAUGGAAUGUACCAUGCCCUGGUUUUGGGAAUUGAAGGAAGAAAGAAGAGAUGCUCUGUCUCUGAGUUUUGAUUACAAGGAGUUAUACCUUUGGCUUGAUAAGGUAACUUCUGAAGUAUAUGGAAUGGAUGAACUGAAUCUAAUGAGUCUCGCCAAUCGUCGACGCAUUUGGGAGGUGAGUGAAGAGAUUGCAGACAUGUAUUCGAAAGCUUUGGGUACAACCCUUGCGGCCCCUUAG